UUGAUAUUGUCACAAACCCAGGGAGUUUGGCUUUCAUUCUUCUUCCCUACUUCUCUCCAAAUUUCAACGCCACCACCCGUGCGGCUGUGCAUAUGAUAUGAAAGCGAAAGCCUCCUCGUCUUCUUUGCCCUUUUAGUUAUCCUUCUCCUUCUCUUGAAUCUCUGCCACCCACUUGCUGUUUCGUGAAGAGUCUUCAAAGAGAGAAUUUUGGGUUAAAGAUUGAUUUGUUACGGCUGUCUUUCUGUGCAAUUUCUCAUAAAUAUUGAUUUCCGUGCAAUUUGUUACGGAACAAUUUUAGCUUAGCUGUCAGAUGCAACAGAGAAGCAUGGCAAGACAGUUAACUCAGAAGCAGUUGAUCCCGCAAGAUGAGAAUUUAAAUUUUCUAAGGAAAGGGUCUGUUAAGGGUAAAUCAACUGGCUUCAAACUGGAAAAAAAGAAAAUUGGUACAGGGUUUGGGAAUCGUAAAGCCCUCGGUGACAUUACAAACAAGUCAUCUGUUCAUCAUGAAGCAUCAUUGAAGAGAAAAAGUACACCAAAAGAAGAGCCUAACAUGUCAGAGGAGAUGUUUCUGCAUGAUCAUAAAAAGUGCAUUGAGUCUCAGAAGGCAGCCAUGAGAGCAUCUUUCUGGGACACGCUGUUGCCAGGAUGUGUUCCCCACGAAACUCGGAAGAUCAAAUCUACAAAGAGUGAAAUUGAUACAGACAGUGAAUGCUCUCAUCCAGAACCAGUAGAGAUCCCCAUGUCUGAUUACUCUGAUCUUUUUCAGAGUUCAACAUUUCCAUCCUCUCCUAGUCAAAUAUGGUUGGACUCUCCACCCUGGUCUCCAUCUGAAUGGGAUUUUGGGCCAGUGGAAUUCAAGCUGAAAGAAGACAGUAGUGAUCCUUAAAUCUAGAGCAUGUUCAUGAUACUGUUCCCAAUUUCUCUAUCAGAAAGCAUCUUCUAGUGGGUAGAAUCAGAGAACUUUCUAUCUUCCUGUUCUUAAAUUCUAGGAAGCAGGUUUAUUUACAGCAGAUGAUGAAGGUCGAGCUGAAUGUGAACCAAUAUUGAAGUCGAAUUUUGAUUAGCAUGAAGAUAGAAAGUUCAUUCAGGAUUCACACUUUUCAUUCUUUGUUUACAUUAGAGAAAAAUAGGUAAUUCUAUUGCUUUAAUGAUAAAUCUUUCAUGAGUUAACCG